AUGUAUUUCCUACUAGCUAAUCUUUCCUUUUUGGACAUUUUAUUUUCCACUGUUACUGUUCCCAAAAUGAUGUAUGGAUUUGUAAUGGAAAACAUCAUUUCAAAAAAUGGGUGCAUUACUCAGAUGUAUUUUUUCCACUUUUUGGGAUGUGCAGAAGGUGUCCUCUUGGCUGCUAUGGGUUAUGACCGGUAUGUUGCCAUUUGCCAUCCUCUACAUUAUAAUGCUAUCAUGGGAAAGACAACUUGUAUUCUAUUGGUAUUCACUGCUUGGGUAACAGGCCUAACAACUUCAUUAAUACAUACUGUAAUGACAUCACAGCUUCCAUUUUGCAACAAUAAAAAGGUCAAACACUUUUUCUGUGAUGUUAAGCCAGUCAUUAAGUUGGCUUGUAAAGACAUUCAUGUAAAUGAGCUCACAUUAGCCACUGUAAGUGGCUUCCUAAGUACAAGCACAUUUCUCCUUACUACACUAUCCUACAUUUACAUAAUUGUUCAUCUUUUACAAAUAAGGUCUUCUAAAGGAAGGUCCAAGAUUUUUUCAACAUGUUCUUCCCACUUGACUAUUGUCAUCUUGUUUUAUGGGACAGCAAUGUGUACCUACCUGGGACCAGCAUCUGAGAAUUCUUUAGAAAAAGAAACAUCAAUAGAAAAAGAUAGAAUAGCUGCCAUACUGUUUACUGUUAUCACUCCAGCAAUCAAUCCUAUUAUUUAUACACUAAGAAAUAAAGAUAUUAGGAAAUCACUAAGAAAAUAUACUAAAAAACUGAUCAUAUAA